UCUAGUGAAUGAGUGCCACACACACACACACUCACUCAGUCUCUCACAGGAGAGCUUCACCAGCGGACUGCGUUUGGAGUAUAACGGGACUUUCACUUCUUCAGUUUGCUGAACAGGAUCUUUAGAGGACAGGAUGGAAAACACGUGUGAGGUGUGGAAACGGUGAGGAAACACAGUGAACCGACACAGUAGAGACUGCGGCUGAUGCCUCAAAACACACGGACCCUGGACUCUGCGAUGCCCUCCGAGCUGGUCAAAGACACCAUGACCAUCCCCGGAGCUCCCGAGCGAAUGCUGCAAGAGAAAACCAACAACAACGAGCCUCCUCAACUGCAGCUGCUGGCCGUCACCAUUCCCCUGGUCAACGAGGGGCAGCUGACCGCGGCCACCGGCGGAGCAGAGCUGUCCUGCUACCGCUGCACCGUGCCCUUCGGAGUGGUGGUCCUGAUCGCGGGGAUCGUGGUGACGGCUGUCGCGUACAGCUUCAACUCGCACGGCUCCACCAUAUCAUACUUCGGACUGGUGCUGCUCUCGGCCGGGCUGGUGCUGCUUGUGCUGAGCGGGGUUUGCUGGAAGCUGCAGAUGGAGAGAAAGAAAGAGAGGAGACGAGAGAGUCAGACAGCACUGAUGGCCCAUCAGAGGAGCAUCUUCGCCUGAUUCGACACGAGCACAAACUCAGUAACCUUCAUGGUGAACAAGUCAAUGCAUCACAUUUGGGAUGACGUCCAGAUGUUUUGCUACAGAUUGUAAAAAAAAAAAAGAUGGACGACUCAUCUCUGCUUCCUUUCACUGUAGAAAAGUGAAGCCAGGAUGUCCCGCUGUCAUCGUGCGCCGCUGACGUCAUUUGGAGCCCAAGUCUUGCACGAACGGCUCUGGGAAUGAGCGCUCGGGACAGUUAACCGAGACAGACUCGCAGCUGCCUGUGUCCAGAUGUUCAGACACAGCUGCACCGCAACAAAACGAUCUGCUUGAAACAGCUCUCAUGUCCUAGUGUGUACUCGCUCAUGCAGCACUGUAGCUACUUCUCAAACACCGGGUUAGAGGUUUAUGUCGAUCGCUGACACUACAGUGUGAAACGCAACACAGAAAAACACUCAAAACACAACAAAGCAGUGUCAUGGCAAUCACCCAGAAUGCACUUAGAACCACUUACAACAACAACACCCUAACAAUUACUCAGAAUGCCCAGCUCUUAAUUAGUAUUUUUGUCUUGUAUUCUAUUACCAUUUAUGCUUAAAACAAGAAAAUGAUCCGUCAAUGAGCUAAAAUAAUUUUGGGUUCCCUUUGAAUUAAGCUUAUUUUUCUAAACCAGACAACUGACAGAUUUUAGUUUUUCCUUUAUUUUAUUUUUUUCUGUUUUAAGCAGAAACUCACUUAAACACUCUGGAAUCUACCUGUAACACUCUAGCAACCACAUAGCAACACCCUAACAACAACUAAGAACACUGUAGACACAUCAAAGCAACACCCUGGCAACUAACCAGAACACCCUAGCAACCACACAGCAUACGUUUUGGCUUCUAAAAAAAAAAAAAAAAUAUUCUCAAUAUUCUUAUUUUCCCUUUGAAUUCAUAUUAUUUAUUUUUUUCACCCCACGGAGAGAUAUGUUUCUCUUAUUUUAUGCAUAUAUUCACUCUAUUUUGUUACAUUUACCAGAAAACCAGAUUUUAUCAUUUAACGUCUCAGACCUCAGAUCUUAAACCUUAAAGCAUUUCUUUUUUCUGUGGAACAAUGAGAAUAUGUUUUAAAGAAAUAUAACUGUCCAUACAAUGGAAGUCAAUGGGAACCAAAACUUUUUGGAAUUUUCAGAUUUUUAAAAACUUUUUUGAAAUCUCAGAAAUUUUUUCCCCAUUGACUUCCAGUGUAUUUUUUUGUCCAUAAAAUGGAAGCCAAUGGGAACAGAAACUGUAUGGCUACCAACAUUCUUCAAAAUGUCUCUUUUUACAUUCUGCAGCAUAAAGAAAGUUUGUGAUGACAUGAAUGUUCAUUUUUGGCUGAACUAUCCCUUUAAUAUCUUAAAUUAUUCUGUUUUAAGAAUCUUUAGAUAUCUGUUAUGGAAAACAAGACCAAAAUGUAUGGUUAGCUGGGACGUGGGCCAAGGGCGAAAGCAUCACAAUUAAGACAAGUAACCACUGUGCAAACCCCAGAGACGGGAAGUGCCAUAUUAAUCCAUGGCUGCUCCCUGUCCGGGCGAAUUAAUGGUACGACAGCUUUGAGACAUAAAGGAAAAGGGAGGAAAAUGAGGAAAUGUAGAACAAUGAUUUAUUCUUCAUCAAGAGUGUCUUUCUGACACCCAGAUACUUUAUAUGUCACUUUUGUGAAUGUACGGUACUUAUAUCACUAAUAUUAUGAUAUAUAAACAACAAUGGGCUGGAAAACCAGACGUUAUUAUGUUCUUUUAUCGAAUUUGUUUUGUAUUUCAGACUAUGAGGACAGACAAAGAUGCUCUUAUUUGAGCAUUGAUUUAUGACUGUGUUACAGUAUGUGAAGAUGACAGUAUUAUGUCAUUUUUGUGUAUUUAAUCAUGGAAAUUGUGAAUUAUGGAUGUCAGGUGCUUAUUUUUUUUUAAUGAAUGAAAACGCAUCUUAACAAUUCAGUUUAUGCUUGUAAUUGUCAUUCCUUAAAAUAUGUCUGUGGAAAUGUUAUAUCUGUUAGAUGUUGACAGAACUAUUUUUAAUAAACGCCUGUGAAAAUAAAAAUGUUUUAUAUCAAUGGUUUCAAAACUCAUUUGAAAUUCAGUUGUAGACUGUAAAACUUAAUAGCAAUUGAUGUAUUAAAGCUGAAUACACAGUUAUAGUUGAAUUUUAUUAAAUGCUGAAUUUUAAAACAAACUGUUAUGCUUUAAGUUCUGACUGAAUGAGUGGUGUUUGAGUCAUUUCAUGUCUGCAGCUGGUUUAGAGCAGGCUGGCUUUCAUUAUUUAUCCAUUAACUUGUGCUGUUUGUUUGAAGUUGUGCAGUUUGGGUUUGGUCGAAAGACGCCAACUGAAUGCAAAGAGCUUUCUCGUGUA